AAGCGCGCCGGGGCUGAAUAAAGUGCCCAUGUCCCUUCUCCAUGUCUUUGCUCGCCUCUCCGUCAGCUGUUAUGACUUGUUCCGUCAGCAGAUUGUCAUCCUUUCACCUUUCCGGUAAAGCUAACUUUUGUUCUGCCGGGCUGCGGGAGGCUGUCCUGUGUUGAGAGCCCCGGGGACCUGUUGAUCGUCUGCUGGCGCUGCAACGGAGGAGCCAAACAGAGAAGCAUGACAUCACAAAGAACUGAGACCUCUCAAAGAACAUAAGCGGCUGGAACAUUUUGACAAGCGGCGAUGGAGAUCAUGGAUACCCAGUGUGCCUUGGAUGCUGUGGAGAGACUGCAAGCCAAACUGAAGGAGAGGGGGGAGGCCCCCACUCAGGAGAAACUGACCCUGCUGAAGACUGUCCUGCAGAGCCCCCUGUUCCUCCACAUCCUCAGCUUGCAGCAGGCUCAGCGGAAGCGCCCGCCAAAGGAGAAGGGCAUCUCCAAGUCUGUGUCCAUGAACUAUGGCCCGUGCCAGGGUUUGAUCCUCGGCUCGAAGAUGCUAAGCCACAGCGACUCGUACACGUGGGCCGUGGAAAACCGAAGGCCCAGCUCCUCCAGAUCCUUCCAGAGGGAGGGCAGCUUUUCCUCUCUGGGUUCACAAGACCUGUCCCUCAUAGACCUCUACUCAGACAAUGCCAUUCAGACUGAAUUUCAGUACUGCACCCCACCGAGGAUCUCCCGCACCAUGUCAAUGGGGAGAAACCUUUCUGCCAUUGCACACGAGAGGCGUCACGUGGAGAUAAUAGAGCUGACAAAUGAUGGAAAAGGACUUGGUUUUGGCAUCAUAGGCGGACGGAGCACAGGUGUCAUGGUUAAGACCAUUCUCCCCGGAGGAGCGGCGGGAAGGGAUAAUCGCCUACGUAGUGGAGAUCAGAUACUACGCAUUGGAGAUACAGAACUGGCCGGAAUGAACAGCGAGCAAGUGGCACAGUUAUCAGAGCAGAACGAUGUACCUGACUUAUCAGAGAGGUGCCAGGCGGCGGCUGCAGUGUCUGCGCUGAGUGUGCUGCGAAAUGCUGGAAACAAGGUGAAACUGCUCAUCGCCAGGGAUGUUACCAAGGACAACCAUCUUUCUUCUCCUCUUCUCAGCCAGGACAGCUUGGACGACAAGCUCGGCGAGUCCGGCGAUGACUACGAGUUCAGCGUGGAGUUCACUAAGAACAGCCGAGGCCUGGGAUUUACCAUCUCCAGCUAUGUCGGAGACCUAAACUCCAUCUACAGUGCAGGUGUGAUGGUAAAAGGCAUUGUUAAAGGCAGUACUGUUGAUCAAGAUGGACGGAUGCAGAUUGGGGACGUCAUCCUCUCUGUGGACGGGGUGAGCCUCCAGGGCUGUAGCGAGCAACGGGCAAUGGAGGUGCUCAGGAGGACGGGUCCCGUGGUCCGACUGAGGCUGCUGAGAAGAGCGGUGUGUCUGAGUCACGUCCUGCCUCCAGCUGCUCCUCUGAAGCCUCUCCGGCACUCUCACAGCUUCCAGGCUGGCAAACCCUACAAAGCUGGCCUCAACAAGAUUCAAGAGACAGGAAUUUGCUCUCUGCGGGAGAUCUCCCGGCGAGCCGCGUACGCCAGCAGACGACCCCGACACGAUUCCAGAGACGGCGUAAAACUGACUGCGGAUGAAGAGGAGGACCUGAGGAAGAGGUGGCAGCAGGCAGUCGGGCCCCGAUAUGAAAUCACUGUGUGUCAGCUGGAGCGGUUCAGUGAGACGAGUGGUCUGGGAAUCAGUCUGGAGGCUCGGGCAGGACAUCACUAUCUGUGUUCCAUCUUACCCGAGGGCCCCGUGGGCCAGAGUGGCAAGAUCUUCAUUGGGGAUCAGAUACUGGAGGUGAAUGGGAUCCCUCUCAUUGGACUGACACACAAGGAGGUGGUCAGCGUUCUGAAGGAGCUCCCGGUGCAUGUAUACCUCACAUGCUCGCGCGUUUUCCCCCCGUCAGUUCUUGACAGCGAAGAGGAAGAUGAUGAGGAUGAGGAUGUUCGUCUCAGCUUGAAAGAGCUGCUGGCCGAAUUCAAUGACAAGCUGGACCAGGGUUGUGUCAUUCCCUGUCCCACAGCUGAGGACAUUACCAAGCGUGGCGUGCCCCCCAUGUCACCUCCGUUGGCCAUGUGGGAGAAAGAAGCUCAAGUGGUGGAGCUGGAGAAGGGGGACUCAGGACUGGGCUUCAGUAUUCUCGACUACCAGGAUCCAGAGGAUGCCACUAAAACAGUUCUGAUAAUCCGGUCCUUGGUGCCCGGAGGAGUCGCUGAUCAAGACGGCCGCCUGCUGCCUGGUGACCGGUUGAUGUUUGUUAAUGAAACCGAUCUGGAGGGCUCCAGUCUGGACUAUGCCGUGCAUGUCCUAAAAUCUACUGGCUACGGCUCUGUCCGCAUUGGUGUGGCCAAACCUCUUCCACUGGAGCUGUGCGGCGGCUUGACGCCCAUCUCAGAGAGGAGCACAAGGGCCUCGUGCGAUGACACCGAAAGCCACACUCAGGUCAGCCUGCUAGCCGAGGCAGCCGAGGCUAGCUUCAGCACGACUUGGAACUCAGAGGAAAGCAGCGUCACCCAGCCGAGCUACACGGAGGAGCAGCUGCUUUGCCGGUUUGGCAUCAUGGAAGAUGACCACAGCCAGCAAGCCCCACCCUUGCCCCCCCGCACAAGUUUUGAGAGGACAAUCACUGUAGUCCGGGGCAGCCGUAGCCUUGGCAUGUCGGUGAGCGCGAUCAAGGACGGCUCAGGCAUACUGGUGCGCAGUGUGGUCCAGGGGGGCUCUGUUUGCCAUGAUGGCAGGCUAGGUGUGGGGGAUGCCAUCUUGGCCAUCAAUGGAGAGCCUACCUCCAACCUGACCAGUGCCCAGGCCAGAGCCAUGCUCCGCCGACACUCUGUUACAGGGCCAGAAAUAAGUGUAACCUAUGUACCAGCAUCUCAGGUGGACGCGCACCGGGCUCGUCUGGGUUUGCCCCCACUGGCCUCCGUCGCCUCCUCCUCACCCACGUUGCCACCUCUUUCUCCUGAGCCCGCGGCGGCCUCGGCCGCGCCCCGCGAUCCCCCGGCCUCAUCUUCACUCAGACCCUCCACUUCCCUGAGAUUCAAGGCCCCCACCCCGGAUCCGCCCGCCCCCAGGGCGGCUGCUCCGCUCAAGGCCGCGUUCAAAGGCCAGGCCACGGUCCCGACCAUCUCCCCGGCCUCAGACUCAAGCUGGCUGAUUCCAAAACCUUUACCUCAGACGAAUGCGCAAGAGGAAAAAUUCAUAGAUCUUGUACCUGACAACAGGAACAAACUAAGGGCAGAUGUAAAGGCACCCAAGCCGGAAGUCCAGAUAAAGGUGUACAGUACAGACGAGAGAGACGGAGGGCUUCACGCUCAGGCUGCAGUGUCUUGGGAUCAACCUAAACGCAUAAUGGGAGGCAGAGGCAUGGGCCGGAGACUGAGCAGUGGAGAGAUGAUGAGGGGUGUCUUCAUUAAGCACAUCAGUCCCGACAGCCCGGCAGCGCAUAAUGGCACCCUCAGGACUGGAGACCGGAUACUAGAGGUGAGUGGUGUGGACCUAACAGAUGCCAGCCAUGAGCAGGCAGUGGAGGCCAUCCGCAGGGCUGGAGACACCGUGGUCUUCCUGGUCCAGUCCGCACAGCCCAGGUCUCAGUCUCCUCCCAUCAUCAAUCACGAAAGACUGAGUCCAGCGCCAGCCUCCAACUCACACAACCACAAGGAACCAGAGACUCUCAGCAGUCUUUUCCUUAGUCUGUCCCCAGCAAACCCCUUCACUCCCACGCCCUUUAAGGUUGAAAAGAUGCUUCAGCGCUACGGCAGUCUUUCAGGAAAGCUCCACAUGAUUGAGCUGGAGAAGGACCCCGCCACUCCCGGUCUGGGGAUCAGCCUCGCGCACAGCGAUGACGCCUCCAGGGCCCGUAUGAGCGUCUGCAUCGCGGGCAUUGACCCCAAAGGGCCCGCGGGUUUGGAUGGGAGGAUACAGGUUGGGGAUGAGCUGUUGGAGAUCAACGGUCAGAUCUUGUACGGCCGGAGCCCCGGAAAUGCCUCCACCAUUAUCAACAACACCCCAUCUAAAGUCAAAAUUGUCCUAAUCAGAAAUAAGGCAGAUCAAGUGGAUAGGGGAAUAAAAAAGCAAUGUGAGGACACAGUGGACCAGCAGCCAGACCCUGCCGAGGAUGGAGGAUUACCCGGAGACAUAGAGCACAUCAUCCUUAAUCAGGACCAUGCAGGCCUGGGCCUUUGCCUCGUUGAGGACAAAGAAGGAGUGGUGGUCCGGUCAUUGAUCCCGCACGGCACUGCUAGUAAGAAUCGUGUGUCCAGUUUGAUUCUCAAGCACCGGGUCACUGUCAAGCUCUCCGUCAGCCGUUCCAGGACUCUCUCCCUCCCUUCUCCUCUGCCUCUCCCUUCCCCGCUUCCCCAUCCGUGCUCUCUUCCCGCUCCCGCUGUUCCCUCACUCCCGCCUCCCGUGCCGUCGCCCUCCUCCUCCUCCUCGUCUCUCAGCGCCGCGCAGACCUCUUCGGCCGAGCGCUCUCAUUGGCUGGGCGCCACUCCUGUGACUUCUGACCCCCUGAGCAGUCCAGUGGCUGCUGGAAGAGAAACCACUGUGGAGUUUUGCAAAGAAAACUUGGGCCUGGGCCUCAGCAUUGUCGGUGGAUGUGACACCCUACUGGGGGCAGUAAUAAUCCAUGAAGUGAAUGAUGGAGGAGCAGCUCAGAGAGACGGAAGACUGCAGGCUGGAGACCAGAUAUUAGAGGUAAAUGGUAUAGACCUGCGGCAGGCCACGCACGACGAGGCCAUCGCUGUGCUGCGACUCACCACCCAGCGCGUCCGGCUGAGCAUCUUCAGGCACCAGGAAGCCUACAGGGAGGAGGACCUGUGGGAUGUCUUCACUCUGGAGCUCAGGCCCCGUCCUGGAGAGGGACUGGGGUUCGGCACCGUGGGGAAGAGUAAUGACACGGGCAUCUUUGUGUCGGACAUCAUCCGAGGAGGCGUCGCAGAUUCAGAUGGCAGGUUAUUGCUCGGCGACCAGAUUCUGUCAAUCAACGGGGAGGAUGUCCGUGCGGCCUCACAGGAGCACACGCAGCGGCUUCUACAGAGCUGCAGUGGAGCAGUCCACCUGGAAGUAGCUCGUUUCAAAGCUGGUGUGCAGUAUUCACAGCGGAAUCAGCACCUCAAGGCCCUGACAUCAGAAAAGGUCUGUGUGACUCCAUGGGCAUCACUGUUGCUGGAGGAGUGGGCGGUCCCCAUGGCAACGCACCUCUUUUUAUUGCUGCCAUGGAUACCAAUGGACCGGCUGCCAAAACACGUCAAUUACAGUCCUCGCUCGUAUAAGACUGUGGCUCUGGAGAGAGGCCCGGCAGGCUUAGGCUUCAGUAUUGUGGGUGGGUUUGGUAGCCCUCACGGAAACCUGCCGAUCUACAUCAAAACUAUUUUCGCCAAGGGGGCGGCCGUAGAGGACGGCAGACUAAAACGCGGCGAUCAGAUCAUUGCCGUUAACGGGCACUGCCUGGAGGGAGUGACCCACGCCGAAGCUGUGGACAUCCUGAAAAAGACCAAAGGAACUGUGGUUCUCACCGUGGUCUCCUGA